UUCUCUAGAAGUCAAAUCCAGGAGACCCAGUGGCCAUUGCUUCGCUCUGUUGCUCUGCAGGAUGCUGAGGCAACUACUCUCGCGCGCUCUCGCUCGCCGCCUUGCAGCCGAUGCCCACUACUGUGCCACGCCCAUUUUCGCUCCCGCUACUGCUUUUAUUCAUCGUCAAAGCUCUCUUUUUUCUUCUUCUUCUUCGUCCCAAAUCCCAGACGGCAAUGUUGUUCGGCACUUGGAAGAUGAAGACGUCUUUAAUCGAUCUCUCUCUUCUGAACCCUCGACCACAGUUUCCAUCGAUCGCUCUGGGUUAUGUAACCCACCUGAGCACUCUCACGAGCCUUCUUCGGACUCUGAGCUUAUCAAGCAUCUCAAAGGCAUUAUUAAGUUUCGUGGAGGACCAAUUUCAAUAGCUGAGUAUAUGGAAGAGGUUUUGACAAAUCCUAAAGCUGGAUUUUAUAUUAAUCGUGAUGUUUUUGGGGCAGAAGGUGAUUUUAUAACAUCUCCUGAAGUGAGCCAGAUGUUUGGCGAGAUGGUUGGUGUCUGGGCCAUGUGUCUUUGGGAGCAAAUGGGACGACCAGCUAAGGUGAAUCUAGUAGAGUUGGGUCCAGGAAGAGGAACUCUGAUGGCUGAUCUACUACGUGGUGCUUCCAAACUUAAGAACUUCACCGAGUCAUUGCAUGUACACUUUGUAGAGUGUAGUCCAGCAUUACGGAAGCUUCAGCACUCUAACAUGAAAUGUAGAGAUGAAGAUAGUACAGGUGAUGGUGUUGAGAAAAUCAGUGUUAGCACAUUGGCUGGAACUCCUGUGUCAUGGCAUUCCACAUUGGAGCAGGUCCCCUCCGGAUUGCCAACAAUACUUAUUGCUCAUGAGUUUUACGAUGCUCUGCCAGUACAUCAAUUUCAGAGGACUCCUCGUGGCUGGUGUGAAAAAAUGGUAGAUUUAGCAGAAGAUUCAACGUUUAAAUUUGUUCUAUCUCCCCAACCAACACCUGCAACUCUCUAUUUGAUGAAACGCUGCAAGUGGUCUUCAAGUGAUGAGAUCGCUAAGCUUAAUCAGAUCGAGAUUUGCCCCAAAGCAAUUGAGCUGACUCAAACUAUUGCUGAGAGAAUAAGCUCUGAUGGAGGUGGUGCUCUAAUUAUUGAUUAUGGCCUCAAUGGAGUCGUCUCAGAUAGCCUGCAGGCAAUUCGAAAACACAAGUUCGUUAACAUCUUGGACAAUCCUGGUUCUGCUGAUCUUAGUGCAUAUGUUGAUUUUCCUUCAAUACGGCAUGGUGCCGAGGAAGUUUCAGGAGAUAUCGCUGUAUACGGCCCAAUGACUCAGUCUCAGUUUCUGGGUUCCCUCGGCAUCAACUUUCGAGUUGAGGCACUGCUAGGAAAUUGCACAGAUGAGCAGGCCGAGUCUCUGAGGACUGGUUACUGGCGUUUGGUUGGCGAAGGUGAGGCACCCUUCUGGGAGGGGCCUGACGAAGAGGCACCCAUCGGAAUGGGCACCCGUUAUAUGGCCAUGACUAUUGUAAACAAGAACCACGGUGUUCCGGUGCCAUUUCUUUGAGCGCUGAUUGGAUAGAUAUACUGUACCAUUUCCUUGAAAAGGAAUCUGGCCAAUACGUUAGAGAUUAAUAAUCUACAAUGGGGUUAUUUAUGUUCAUCAUUUUGCAGGCUGUAAUACGUCGAGCUGUUAUCUGAUGUUCUUUAAUAAAGAGUUGAUAGUUUCUCCAAAAAGCUAAUACAGUUCUGGCAAAAAGAAAUUUCUUCCAGAAUUUUUUCA